UAGUUCCAUUCUCCAUAAUAAUUCCUAUUGGUGGGGUUGCCUAUGGGAGCUAAAGGGUUUUUUUAUUAUUCCACCCCAGGAUGAGACGUCAGUUCGCAGGGAGCUGAAGUUCCUCCAGCAGUUCGGCGGCCACAAGAACGUCGCCUCUUACCACGGAGCCUAUUACCAGGCUCCACUGGAGGAGAACUCAUUGGAGCUCCUGGAAGUAAGGAAUUAUUUGCUGUAUCUUGUUCCUCCCUCUUGUGCCAAAGAGAUCUCCAUUGGAGGAGAUAUAAUCCCCGGCCUGACACCAUUUCUUUCUAAUGCAGGUUGUUCUUGAGUUCUGUGAGGGGGGCUCCCUCCAGGAACUCAUCAACACCAACAGCAAAUCCCUGAAGGAGCCCUGGAUUGGUUACAUCUGCAGGGAAGUAUUAAAGGUAAGGCCAGAAUAACCCCUUAAGGACUCAUCUAUGAUUCUGCAUUAAAAAAAUAUAUAUUGACUUUUUUGUACAUCAUCAUUAUGCUAAAAUGUGUUACACUCUUUGUCGGGAAUAUUGAAAUUCAUAUCUGUUAUAUUCUUAUAACCUACAUCUCUAUCCCCCCAGGGGCUCCACCACAUCCACCAGCACCGGGCCGUACAUAGGGACAUCAAGGGCCCGAACAUCAUGCUGACGAAGGAGGGGAGAGUGAAGCUGAGUGAGUAGAACUUACAGUUAUAAGAUGAAUGGAUGGCGGGAAGCUUCUGUGAAUAUGGAGUCAGAGGGUUUCAUAAUUCAGGUUUUUAUUGUAUUGCAUUUAAAAAGUCUGUUUCCAUUCAUAAAUAUAAUCUGUUAUUUCAGUCGACUUUGGACUCUGCAGGGACCUGGACCCAAAGACUGGACUGUGCCACGAGCCUGAAGGGACUCCACACUGGAUGGCACCCGAGGCCAUAAGGUGGAACGGCAAGGACCCGUCGUACGACACCAAAGUGAGUUGCACUUAUAAUACUUGGCACAACAGGGUGCAUUUACCUAUCAAUGUUAAUGGGAGAUAGAAGCAGUGGGAGGAGUCGAUGGCACUUUCCUUCAGCCUCUCCCCUCCUCUCUGCACAAAUGGGUGCUACAUUCAGUUAGCGGCAGUUCAGGUUACAGGAGAGCUAAACACGAAGCCAUUGGGGCCAUUUCUUCCAUCAGUGCUAAGUGGGCGAGUUUUAAUUGGUUCUGUAUUUUCCAUUCAUUGUAUGCAGGCACUGAUGGAAGAACCACCCCAGUAACAACUGAAUCACCCACUAACCCAGUUCUCUCCUUCUAACGCUCUUUGGUGUCUCUUUUCCAGUGUGACAUCUGGUCGCUGGGGAUAACCGCCAUCGAAAUGGCCGAGGGAGAACCACCAUACUACGACCAACGCCGGGUGGAGAACUUAAUAAUCAACAACCAACCACCGAAGCUUCGGGCAGAGACCUGGUCACAACAAUUCGUGUCCUUCUUGGACUCCUGCCUGAAGAAGGAUCCUGCGGAGCGAUGGAGCGCUGAGGAGCUCCUGCAGCACCCCUUCAUCGCUGGACUGCCGCCUAAGAAGAUCGUCAGGGCUGAGAUUCGAGAACAUCUUCAGGCUCUGAAGAAGUGGCCGGCCAAGAAAGGAGUGAAGGAAGCAGCUCUCUGGGCCAGGAAACAGCUGCGUCGCACUUGUUACUUCUGCGCACACAAGACCUUGGCAGAAGAAAAAGCGGCUCAGCAAAUGGCACUGGAGGGCUUUCCUUGUUGUUGAUCCUGUGGCCAAUAACAUCUAAAGCCCGGGAUGAGUCUCCGCAACAACAUCCUAGGAGAAAGAAACACCGACAGAGAAAGGUACCGUCUCCAUUAAAUCAAACAAAAUAUAAAGACUUAGAAAUAGACAUUAUUCUAUAAAUAGAGUCUUUUGCACCCAUUGUACUGUCAGCCAGUCCUGUGCAAAGGAGAAUUCAUAAUGAUACAUUACUGACUGAUUUUUAUUUUAUAUUACAGCUCCACCAGCAGCGUCCGCACCUCCAUCUGAAUUCCACCCAUGGCUUCUACUUUUCAUGCAACUUUGGCUCCACCACCAGUCUCUUCUCCUUCUACUGCUCCUCUCCCACAGACUUUGUCAUGCCACAACACCACCUGCAUCUACAGCUCCAUCUGCAUUGCCUAUUGCAUUUACCACAGCUACAUUGUCACUCUUCCACCAGUGGUAUAUUUUACUUUACAGUACUGCACCUCAACCUGCAGGCUCUUUCUCCAACCUCUGUGCGUCAAACUACCACAGAUUGAAAAGCGGCAUUCACAGUUCCACCAGCGGUAUUCUUGUUUGUAAAGACCGCAGCUUCAUCAGUGGAACAUUUGCUUGUAAAUAACAUCCGUCUUUUCAUUUAUCUUUGGCUCUACCACCAGCCUCUCUUUACUAUUCUGCUGACCCUCUUCCAGCAGACCAACCCACUAAUACAUGACAGCAUAUGCAGUUCCAGCUACCUUAGCUCAAACAGCGCCUCCAUUUACCCACCAACAUUUGCAUUUCAAACAACCACAGCUCCAGCAGUUACAGUAUAUCCGCCAUACAUUUCCACAGCACUGCUAGCGCCAUUCAUAUUUCACCACAGCUCCACCAGUUGGACCCUCUUUCCUUUAUUUUACUAAACCAGUACACCAGCAGGCUCAGCCAUCAUGCUAAUGCACCUCCACCAGCAUCUUCUUCUUUCCAAGGCCACCAGUUGGGCAUUUUUUUCAACUAACACAGGGGCCUCCUUUUGAAUAUGUGUAAGAGCAACCAGUUCCAACACUUUUACUAAUAGCUGUUGCCUUCACAUUCCAUCACAUUUUAAGCCCUCCUAAAUUCCUCCACGCAAAAUCAUCUCCUAAUCCUUUGCUCCAUCUGCACCUCCAGUGGUGUUGCUUCUUCAAAUCAUCUCCUCCAACAAUACAUUCACCACCUCACAGCACCCUAGCAGAUCCCUCCACAAUCCACUAAGAAUGCUGCUCCUACAUUAGAUUUCUUUAACAAAGGAACAUCUAUAGGAACAUUGACAUAAUGGCAGAAGUUGAUCCAGGGACUUGUCCGAUUGCCCUUUGGGAGUCAGGAAGGAAUUUUUCCCCCUGAGGCAAAUUGGCUCCGGCUUCAAAUGGGGGUUUUUGCCUUCCUCUGGACCAACUACUAAAUAGGAACAUUCCAUCUACACUAAAACUUAAUAGUGAGUCCUUUCCAACCUAAAUUCAAAUAAAUUUAUCUAUAAUACAUAAAUAUGAUAUCUAUUUUAUAAAUAAAUAUUUUACUACACACUUAAAUGGUGUUCUUGUAUUUUUAUAGU